CCUAGCUGUCAGUCUGUCUCGCUCGUUGAACGAAAGAAAAACAACAAGAAAAGGAAAACUCAAAACGGGAAAGAAAAUGGAGGAGUCCGUUUCUGUCAAACACGAAGAGAAAAAUAUUGAUAUAAAGCAGGAGAAUUGGGAUAGUUACAAAUAUGAAUUUGAUUCGGGAAGUCAAGAUAGUAGUAAAAGUGGCAGUGGGGGCUAUCAGAGAUGGGCUCCUAAUUUAAACGGUGUGCGUAAAAGUGCAUUUACGCCUUACUACAAAUCUGUUCAGUGCACCGCUUUGACUAAUUUACAGAGAGGUAACACGCAGGCGCGCGUCCCCGAGCUGCCCCAGCCAGAUUGUAGCUUACACGCGAAGGCUGGCCGAGGAGAAAUAACUCGUGACGACUUGAAACUGGAGCAGUAUGUCGAUAUCACCGACGAACAUGGGCUCACUGCUUUACACUGGGCAGCGAGCUAUGGACAGUUAAACAGUUGCCAGGAUCUUGUGUGGAGUGGUGCCAAUGUUAACGUGCGGGGGCCUGAAGGGGAGACUGCACUCCACUUGGCUGCCGCAGGCGGGCACCAUGAAAUUGUCAAGUUUCUUUUGAAUGAAGGGGCAGAUGCUGACAUACAAGAUGAUUCUGGUAGCACUGCACUGAUGUAUGCUGCCGCAGCAGAUUUUCCCUACACUUGCAAUGAGCUUCUCGUCAGAGGAGCUGAUCUCACCCUCACAAAUGACUAUGACCAGGAUGCUUACACUUUGACUACCACUAAUAAUUGUAAAUUGGCCCAAACUGUGAUAGAGAAUUUCUUGAUCGGCUGCUUAAGCAAAAUGUGAAGAAAAUCUUACUGCUCAUAUUAUGUUGCUUUGGACAACCAUUACUGUGAAACCAGCAGAUUAAUUGCGUUCAGCAGAUUUAAAGAAAAUACAGGGAUUUAGUUUAUAAUAUAUUAAAUAUAAUAUUUUUAAGUUCACUAUACAAACAUUGUGAUGACAUAAAUAUGACUCAAAUACAGACAAUAUCAAGUGA